AUUCGCGACUUGGAGCUCACCUUUUUGUGUAGGAAACCUUAUCAGCGACUCUCUCUGCUUACCAGCUUCACUCUAAUACUUUGAGCUGAGCCUGCAAAUCCUCUCGCGAUUCUCGACCUUUGCUCCCACGAAGCCCGUUCUCUACCCCGCAAUGGGUUCUCGCCUGCACAAUGCUCCCAUUGUGUUAGACAACGGCAGCGGUACCAUCAGAGCUGGCUUCGCAGGGCAAGAUGUGCCGAAAUGCUAUUUCCCUUCUUUUGUUGGUCGGCCGAAGCAUGUGCGGACCAUGGCAGGCGCUCUGGAGGGCGAUGUGUUCAUCGGGCCUCAGGCACAGCAGUACAGGGGCUUGUUCAAAAUAAAUUACCCGUUGGAGCAUGGCAUAGUCACAGAUUGGGACGACAUGGAAAGGAUAUGGCAAUAUGUUUACCAAGAGGAGUUGAAAACUGUGAGCGAGGAUCAUCCCGUCCUCUUGACAGAACCCCCACUAAACCCUCGAGAAAAUCGCGACACGGCAGCACAAAUCCUCUUUGAGACCUUCAACGUUCCCGCCAUGUAUACAUCAGUGCAAGCGGUCCUCUCGCUAUAUGCAUCAGGGAAGACUACAGGCAUCGUUCUGGACUCGGGCGAUGGGGUGUCCCACGCUGUGCCAGUUUUCCAAGGGUUCGCUAUACCGAAUAGUAUCAGGCGAAUUGAUGUGGCCGGAAGGGACGUUACAGAGCAUAUGCAGCAAUUGCUCCGGAAAAGUGGGCGAGUUUUCCACACAAGUGCAGAGAAAGAAACGGUCAAGAACAUAAAGGAAACCACAGGUUACGUGGCGCUUGACCCUGCCAAGGAGGAGAAAGAAUGGUCAGGAGCUGCAAGGACAGACGGGAAGAGCGUCGAAUACACUCUACCAGAUGGACAAAAACUCAAAAUCGGAGCGGAAAGGUUCCGAGCACCUGAGAUUUUAUUCAACCCCGAGAUCAUCGGACUGGAGUACCCUGGUGUUCACCAGAUUGUGGUUGAGGCCAUACACCGAACUGACAUGGACCUUCGAAAGGCACUCUACGGCAACAUAGUGCUCUCCGGCGGCUCGACUCUGACAAAGGGCUUCGGCAACCGAUUGCUUCAUGAGGUGCAACGAUUAGCUGUAAAAGACAUGCGAAUCAAGAUUCUGGCACCCCCCGAGCGAAUCUACACGACAUGGACCGGGGGUAGCAUUCUCGCGGGUCUGAGUACCUUCAAAAAGAUGUGGGUUGAGAAAGAUGAAUGGCAAGAGAAUCCGGACAUCAUUCACACGAAGUUCGCGUAAGCGCCUCUCAGUCGGAGCCGGGGACAUGAUUUGUUGUCCAUGUUUUGCGGUUCUCCACAGCCCGCCUCCCGCCUCCACAACAAGAAGAGGAUGGCUAGCUCGGACGAGGUGCAUGACACUUGCAUUUUGGAUCGAGACCUUUUAGUCACGAGAUCGGGGAUUUGCCCCAAUGCCAAGCUGCCAAAUUAGGCAGGCAGCAUAUCGGAAGGGACAUCGGAAGGGAAGCCGGAUGUGCAGGUAAAAGUACUACAAGUAGUGUGGAUGACUUGGUGCGUGAUGGCGUGGAUGCGGGGAUGCGUGGUGUGCGAUGCGCGUGUACAGAUGAUGAGAGGUGAGGAGAGGCGUUUACGUACGGCACGGGUACGGUAAUAACGCCUAUGGUACUUCUCCUCGAUUCGUACUCGUACCUUGCUUGGGCAACGAUGGUAUGCGGGAAUGCUAGGAUU